AUGUUGAAGAAGGUCUAUAGUAGUAGUCAACUUCCAAGAAGAGAGGUGCCCGCAAGAAGGCCGCCAAAAAGCCAAAGGAGACCCGCGAGAAGACGCCCACCUGAUAGAGGGUUGUGUGUCCUGCGCCCACGAGCCUGUGAAGUCUGUUGAGGCGCGCGAUGAAGUUGCAGCCACGGAAGGCGCGAUAGGAGGACAGGGAGAGGAUCCGUUAACCAUUCUGCCCACACACUCGGUGCAGUCGGAUGGAUGCCUGUCCUGUGUGCCAUUACAUGCAGAUGAGGUGGUACUGUUGUGCCACAAGCCAGCACCCACGCCGUCAGUCAUCCCCAAGGACCAAAAGUACUUGGACAGUAAGCACCCGCGACACGCCCACACGAAGCACCUCACAUACAGACAGACGAAUGAAUGAAUGAACGAACGAAUCGACCUGUGGCUCCUCUUGUUCAGGUCACGAGCACGGUGACGACCAUAACGGACCUGCCGCCCACCAACACAAGCGUCAAUCGAAGAAGACGUCCGGCGAGUCGGUCAAGAAGGCAAUAGUCAAGAAGGAAGGCGAUCCCAAGAACAAGCGACCGGUGCCCAAGAAGGCCGCUGCUGAAGGCCGCCCACACCAACAGCAGCUCGGUGAAUUCGAAGCUGAUCAUGUGAAAGAGGGACAUAUUGGUCUGUCUGUCUGUGUGUAUGUUCUCAGAGGUGCCCACGUCAAAGGUCAAUGGUGUCUAUUGGCGUGGAGACGUGCAGGCGUGGGUCGCUUCAUGGUACGAGAGGGAGGGCCACAAGCAGCUGCGAAAGUUCAAGCGGUUCAACGUCAAAGAGCACGGCUUUCCGAAGGCCAAGGUACACACACAAAGGACAACACAACCGAACACCAAAUGGGUGCAUCACCCACCCUUGUGUCCGCUUUCUGCCAGGCAUUGGCUGAGGAGCAUCGACGACGGAUGGACCGCAUCGCACAGACAGGCGUAGCCAAGCAUUCUGAGCACAAGAGCGGUGUAAGGGGUGUCCACUUCAACCAGAAGGACAACAGCUGGGUCGCGACUUUGGAGAAAGGCCGAAUGAAGAAGACGAAAGCCUUCCCUGUCCUCCAGUUUUGUUACGAGGGAGCGAAACAGGCUGCCAUUGCACACAGACAGGCUAUGGAAGGUCUUUAGUCUGCCUGUGGGCAAUGGCAGCCUCGAGUGCAUUCACUCGCCCGAUUUUUCGCCCGUAGCAGCUGCUCUGCGGCUGCCCUGACACAGUACAUUCAUACAAGAAACACAUACACAUAACUCUGGCUGCCUUGUCUGACUCCACCCUAUAUCUGCCUGCCUGCCCACCCUUUCAUCCGUCUGUUUGCCGAUGCGUGACGUAAUGUGGCCUCUGCUGGCUGCUCGCCCUGUCAUUCGACGCGUGAUGUGGUGUCUGCUGGCGAGCUGAGAGGUGCAAUCUCACGGGCUCGCCAAAGCCGAGGUACACACACCUCACACACACACACACACCCCCCUCACACACAAAUCCAUCCAUCCGUUGAUCGAUUGACC